CUUUAUUUGAGAAUAUUCUUCAACAACACCCUAAAUUUCAACGAAGACUUAAACAAUAUAGUACUCAUGAGCAGAAUGGUGUGAUAAAAACGCCCAAAGGUACUUUUACACCAGAACGUUUAUGGGAUGCUUGUUAUUUUAAACAUGUAUUAGAUUUUAUUGAUGAAGCGUCGGAUCAAAUAAUUGCGCAGCAUUUAGGAAAGAUGAUAACCACGUAUAUUAAUGAUUUUCAUACAUUUUCCCAAUAUUCACCAAAUAUUGUGAAAUCAAUUUUGAAGUCUAAUGAUGAAAAAAGAAGAUAUAGAAAGCAUGACAAUGAAAUAAUCGGUCUAAUUAUUGAUAAAUGUAUAAGCUAUUAUAAUGAAGAUAAUAACAGAUUCGACGUAUUAUGUGCUAUCACAAGUUCAAUUUCAGAACUUCAAAAAUUAUAUCCUUAUUAUGUUGCGCAAUUCUUUGCUACCAGGACUGAGAACGAUCUAUUGAAACAGUGGCCAUUACUGCGCCAAUAUCCAUUGUUCGAAGUGUCUUUUUUGAUGCUUCAAAACUACCCUGUAGACUACUCACCUUGUAGUGGUUACGGCACGCAAGGUGCCAAAAAAGUAACAAUAGCACAAGUCCAAUGA